AUGCCUUUCGCCCAGCUGGUCAUCGGCCCCCCGGGUGCUGGAAAAUCAACAUAUUGCAAUGGCAUGCACCAGUUCCUUGGUGCAAUUGGCAGACAAUGCUCUAUCGUCAAUCUGGACCCCGCCAAUGACAACAUGUCAUAUCCAUGUGCGCUGGACGUGCGUGAUCUGGUGAAAUUGGAGGAAAUCAUGGAAGAGGAUAAACUGGGCCCGAAUGGAGGUGUUUUGUAUGCUCUCGAGGAGCUAGAGCAUAACUUCGACUGGCUGGAAAAUGGACUAAAAGAGCUUGGGGAGAAUUAUAUUCUAUUUGACUGCCCUGGUCAAGUGGAGCUCUUCACACAUCAUUCAUCAUUACGGAACAUCUUCUUUAAGAUCCAGAAAAUGGGUAUACGGGUUAGUAACAUGGCCGGAAAAGAUAAAACACCAGAACAAGAGCUAACCACCUUUAUUGUGCAACAGUUGGUUGUCGUUCACCUUGUUGACUCAUAUACCCUUACCCUCCCAUCAAUGUACAUAUCCGCCCUCCUCCUCUCUCUCCGCGCAAUGCUCCAACUCGACCUCCCACACCUGAACGUCCUAACGAAAAUUGACAAUCUGGCCAACUAUGCCCCACUCCCUUUCAACCUAGACUACUACACAGAAGUACAAGAUCUGUCAUAUCUGCUACCGGAGCUGGAAAAUGAGUCAUCGCGCCUAUCACACGAGAAGUUUGGUCCCCUCAAUAAAACCAUCAUUGAUCUGGUCGAGGAGUUUGGACUGGUUGGGUUCGAGACGCUGGCCGUCGAGGACAAGAAAAGCAUGAUGAGUCUCCUGCGCGCGAUUGACCGCGCAUCCGGGUAUGCCUUUGGUCCCGCCGAGGGCGCCAAUGAUACUGUCUGGCAGGUGGCUGUCCGGGAGGGCAUGGGCACGACUGAUGUUCGGGAUGUACAGGAGCGCUGGUUGGAUGCCAAGGAUGAGUACGACAGGCAGGAGGAGAAAGAUCUCGAAGAGGAGGUCCGCAUAAGAAAUGCGGCAAGCCAAGUCGAGACGACGGGUGCAGCUGGCAGUGAUGAUGACAUGGAAGAUGACGAUGGACACGCCUACGACGAGGAACUAGAAAAUUGGAAGCAAAACAUGCCCGACAGCGGCGUGCGAGUCCAACGCAAGGCAUAA